UUAUAAAACAGGAAGUCCACAAGGUGAACUUCCGAUAAACUCUUCCUGAUUUGCAACAUCAAAGUAACUUUUAAACUAUUCAAUAUGACAACUUUCCUCCGUAAGCGUGUGAUAUUGCGGUGUUUGACACUAAAUUCACCCGCUAGAUGUUGCAUUUCACAGUGCCAGAGGUUCCAUGCGCCACACCGAGAACGAGCGCUGCUCGUGACCGAGGCAAGUGGCUCUGUGGCGGGAUACGCUUCCAGACAGGACCGCAAACAGCACACAGAUGCGGGAGUGGCUGUGGAGGUGGAUUUAAAGCGGUUAGACGGGGAUGAUGAUGGUAUUGUGGAGGUGCUCAUGUGCAGACAAAAAGCAAGGAAUGCGUUGGGACACGUGUUUGUAUCACAGAUGAGAGAGCUGUUGUCCUCUGUGUCCACUGAUUCGACAGCCCGGGUUGUUGUCUUUCGGAGCCUGGUUCCUGGAGUUUUCUGUGCAGGUGCAGACUUAAAGGAGAGAGCCCUCAUGGACAACUCUGAGUCAGACCUGUUUGUCCACGGCCUCCGCUCUCUCAUGACUCAGAUAGCUGUCUUGCCCAUGCCAACUAUAGCAGCCAUAGAUGGAGUUGCUCUGGGGGGUGGACUGGAGCUUGCUUUGGCCUGUGACCUUCGUACUGCAGCCUAUUCUGCACAUAUGGGGCUGAUUGAGACAACGAGAGGUCUGCUCCCAGGGGCGGGGGGCAGUCAACGCCUGCCACGGACCAUUGGUCUCGCUCUAGCCAAGGAGCUCAUCUUCACAGGGCGGCGUAUAGAUGGACGUACAGCUGUAGAGAUGGGACUCGUAAACAGGGCAGUUGACCAGAACGAGGCUGGAGAUUCUGCCUACAGAGAAGCACUCAGUCUGGCCAGAGAGAUACUGCCCCAGGCUCCCAUUGCUGUGCGAAUGGCAAAGGAAGCAAUGAAUAGAGGUGUUGAGGUUGAUAUGACAUCAGCAAUGGCAAUAGAGAGGAUGUGUUAUGCCCGGGUGAUCCCAACACGGGACAGACAGGAGGGUAUGGCUGCUUUUAUUGAAAAGAGACCUCCAAAUUACAUAGGGGAAUAAACAAUAGUAUUUGAGUGUCCACACCACAGAAGCAUCCUGACAUGAUCAGACAGCAGAGGAAAUUAGACCAUUACGUGCUCAAGCAACUGAAUCACAUUUAUAUGUAAAUGUAAAUUAAUGUAACCAGCUUUAAGUUUUAUGUCUAGUUUACUGAAUUUACUGACAUAAGGCUCUUAUUUCUACUGUAUUUAACAUGCAUUUAUUCUGUUGAACAUAAAUGAUAAAAAAAAAGUACAAAAUCUUCA